UGAUUAACAUGUUUUUAUUUUGGUGGGUUAAAGGGUUACAAUUACCCAAAUAAAUUACUUUUAUUUUAUUUUUAAGAUUAAAUUUUCAGCUGUCGUGACAUACCCGCUACAGCAGGUGGCGGUAAGCACCUUUAGGUUUUGCUUGCAACAGUCGCGAAGAAGAAAAUGUGUCGCUAUCACUUCCGCAACAUCUGACAGAGUAAAAACAUGGACGCGAUGGCUGAAAUGAGUCAGGAAACCGGGUUCACCGGCGAAAGCGGCGCCGUCAGGAUUCAAGAGCGGCUCCAGAAACGGCACCAGGCGAGAGCAGAAGACGCGGAGCGGAGGAAGGAGGCCAAAGAGAGACAGACUGUCGCGGAGGAGAAGGGCGAGUAUUUCUCCACAACUUUCAACGCGGAGCGGGCGUCCAUCGAGGAGCUGCUGUCCAGCUGCUCCGGAGCUGAGCGGACUGCGGUGUCCCAAAAACUGGAGGAGGCGACCAAUAAAACGCUUCAGCUGCAGAAGUUUCUCAAUGACAGCGUGUUGUUUCUGACGCAGUACGAGCUGAGACAAGCGCAGGCUGCUCUCCAGAAACUGCAGAGCUCCCUGACGGAGGUCAGAGAGGAGGCUCUGCCCAAAAAGAGGUUUGCCUUCAAAGCGCGCACUAAAGCGUCAGAUAAAGCCGCUGCGCCAGUGUCAGACACACCUGCACCUGCAGAUCCAGGCAGCACAGAGGUGGACUCAGCCUCAGAGCAGUGCGGCUUCUCCAACAUGGACAAUGUGUCUCUGACAAAGACAGCCGAGGAGGUCCAGAAACGGGACGUCCUGUUGACAAACCUCACAAACUGCAAGGUCCGUCUGUUUGGCUCUCCCAGCACGCUGCACCUGAAACACAUCGACAGCUGUGAGAUCCUGUGCGGCCCCGUGUCCAGCUCCGUGUUCCUAGACCACUGCAGAAACAGCACUUUGGCCGUCCCCUGUCAGCAGCUGCGGACACACAACACCACGGACACUCAGGUGUAUCUGCACGUCACCAGCCGAGCCAUCAUAGAGGACUGUCGUGGGGUGAGCUUCGCCCCGUUCUCCUGGUCUUAUCCCACCCUGAAGGAGGACUUCGCCGUGUCAGGCUUAGACCAGGAGCGAAACAACUGGAGCCAGGUGGACGACUUUAACUGGCUUGCCGCAGGGACGCCGUCCCCGAACUGGACUGUCAUUCCUGAGGCGGACAGGAAAACCAGCUGGGACCCUUAGAAUUAAACAUUUUUAUUUGCCAAAUAUCAACCAAGUCACCCAAUGAACAUUUCCAGCCUUUUUUUCACAAACAUCAGUUGCCCCCAAAAGGCCAGUUAAUGUCAGAAUAAUUUUAGGGAUUUUUUUGCAGACUUCGUCCACUGAUUGUGUCACACUGCUACUUCUCUGUAGACCUCUGUCUAUAUAACCAUUAAAACCAAAAUGGAAAAAAAAAAUCUUAAAAAUAGCAGUAAAAGAUGACUUCAACUUUAUGGCCAUUUAAACCUUAAACCAGUCAUAUAAAAAUACAGUAUCAUUAAAAAGGCCAUAGAAAUAAUUAAUGCAUUCAACAGCUUUGAACAUAAGGGCACUUUGAAUGUAAGGGUUAAAGCUGCGUUGAGAUAUUUGAAUAAAAAUCCACCUGUUUUAUCAGAUUACAGUGGGAUUCAGCAGAGACAGUGCAUCAGCUCCUUUGGCAGAAUUAACCCUUUGAAACCUGAGCAAAUUGUUUCAUUUCUGUCAAAAACAUGGGAGACGGGGCGACAGGCAGCAAGAAGUGGCCCCAAAUUUGCAGUAAAUUAGUAGAGUAACAAGAAAAUUAAAAAAAAAAAAAUGACAGUGAUAAACCCGCCCACCCCCUUUUUUUUCUGGAACAUAAUUUUGAAAAAAGAGAAUUAUAAAUAUAGCUGUUUGGACACUUUUUCCCAUUGUUUUGGGAUAAUAUCUAACAAUAACCCCCAGAUUUUUUUUCCAUGUCACCUCUGAUAAAUUGUUACUCUGUGGUUUUGUUUUGGUUUUUUUUUCCAUGUUUUUUUAACGAAAUCAAACCAACUUUUGGGGGUUUUGGGCUUUAAUAGGCGUCUUAUUGUAGCACAAGAAAACUGAUGUGGCUCCAGGUGUUAAAGGGUUAAACUCUUGGUUGGAUCAUUGUAGGUCUAUAUUCUGCCUAUAUAACCAUUAAAACCAAGAGGAAAAAUUAAAAAAAAAAAUCUCAAAAAAAGCAGUGAAACAUGACUUUAACUUUAUGGUCACUUAAACCUUAAAACAGUCAUAUAAUAAUUACAGUAUCAUUAAAAGAACCUUUCAAAUAAUUAAUACAUUUAACAGCGUUUAACAAAGGACAGAUGUUGAUGCUUUAAGUCUAAAUUGCUGCUCUGAUCCGACAGAAUGCAACUAAUGCAAAUUAAAAGUAUUCCUGCUCAACAAUAGCUCGUUUCUAGUGUUUUAUUUUUUUAAUUUAUUCAUUUUUUUCUGUCAAAUAUACCGAUCCUGCUGAUAAAUCUGAUAUAUUAAUAUAGAGC